UCAUGUGAAUCACUAGAUGUCAUUGGUAGUGAAGCGGCUUUCUUUCAGAAAGAUUUAACCAGUUUUCUUAAAAGUGAAUAAACAGGGUUUAUUAAAUUUACCCGGCAAAUUUAUUAAAUUAUCAAAAUGACGAUAAGUAAAAAUAAUAAGAUGGUACAAUUCAUCAACUACCGGAUGAGAGUAGUUUUGCAUGACUCACGGAAUCUAGUUGGUAAUUUUAAAGCUUUCGAUAAACACAUGAAUGUUAUUCUUGCUGAUUGUGAGGAAUUUCGAAAAAUUCGUGGCAAAGGGAACCGUCCUGAUCGAGAGGAAAAACGUGUCCUAGGUUUUAUUUUGGUACGAGGAGAAACAAUUGUGUCUAUGACAGUUGAGGGUCCUCCUCCACCAGAAGAAGGACUUCCUCGUGUUCCAGUUUUAGGUUCCAUUCCUGGUCCUGGCUAUGGACGAGCUGUUGGCAGAGGUGUACCAGUUCCAUCUGUACCUCUUCCUACCGCUGCACCAGGUCUUCAAGGGCCCGUUCGAGGUGUUGGAGGGCCAUCAGCUAGUAUAAUGACACCGCAAGCUCGAGGUGUACCCGUUGCUGCUGCCGCUGCAGCAGUUGGAGCAACAGUUGGAGUGCCAAGACCUCCAGUUCCUAUUCCUGGAAUGCCAUUAGGACCUGUCAUACCUCCAGGUAUACCAACGCCAGGUGUGCCUGGUGUACCCGGAGUUGCAGGAGUCCCAGUAGUUCCCGGAGUUCCUGGAGUACCUGGAGUUCCCGGGGUUCCAGGAGUUCCAGCUCCCGGUAUUGCUCCAGGAAUUCCAGCCGCUCAGUUAGCAAUGGGUCGUGGUAUGCCGCCUACAGCUCCACCUGGUAUGAGGCCACCGCCUCCUGGUAUGAUGCGAGGUCCUCCACCUCCAGGUCCACCACCCGGUAAAUUGCCUCCUCGACCUAUGUGAUUAUUUAUACAAGCUUUUGUCAAUAAAAUUUAUCAUGUUCUGGUACUUGGUUUUGUUUUAACUUAAAUCGUUUUACUAUCAUAGCUCACUAAUCAAAAUGCUUAAUUGACUAGGAUGAGCAUUCUUCAAGCCAAAGCUAAAAUGAAAGAUUACUCAAAGAGUUUGCAAAUAAACUAUGGUUAUCGAAAUUA